GGACACUGUGGUUAUUUCUGCGCUAUGCGGAUUGAGCGUGUGAGGGAAAAGUAGGCGGUUUUUUGAGCAACUUCGCGUUGCUGUAGCCUAGCUAAGGAAGUAGCCGAGGUUCAGCACCUUUUUAAUCCUCCGAGCGCGAGCUAACACCGAAAUGCUCGCACCCUCCUGCUCGACCCGUCUCAUACCUCCUGAGCUCGGAUAUUGUUUGGUAUCGCGUGAUAUAUGACACAGCACCUUUUAAAUGACUGAAUUUGAGCUAAAAUGGACCAGGAUGAGUUCGAAGACAGUUCCCAGGGACAGUGGCAAAAUCUAUAUAAUGAAAUCCGUAACCAGUCUCAAGAAUGUUCCUACAAUGUUGCAAAAUUCCCGGAAAAUCGGAACAGGAACAGAUACAGAGACGUCAGCCCAUAUGAUCACAGUCGGGUGAGAUUAGAAAAUUUAGAAAAUAACUACAUAAAUGCAAGCUUGAUAACCAUGGAGGAGGCUCAGAGAAACUACAUACUGACCCAGGGACCCUUGAUUAAUACCCGUGGUCACUUUUGGUUAAUGAUCUGGGAGCAGCGGUCCAAAGCUGUCAUUAUGCUCAAUAGAGUCAUAGAAAAAGGCUCAGAAAAAUGUGCUCAGUACUGGCCCUCAGAUGAAGAGAAACAAAUGUAUUUCAGUGACACUGGGUUUGUGGUGACUUUAGUAUCUGAAGAUGUUGAAUCCCAUUACACAACACGAGUGCUUCAGCUUCAGAACAUCAACACAGGAGAGAGAAGAGACGUGUACCACUUUCAUUUCACAACUUGGCCAGACUUUGGUGUACCUGAGUCUCCUGCAUCCUUCCUUGACUUUUUAUUUAAGGUCAGAAAAUCUGGCUCAUUGGAGCCUGAGAACGGGCCGGCGGUGGUCCACUGUAGUGCCGGGAUUGGCCGAUCUGGUACAUUCUCAUUGGUUGAUACCUGCUUGGUCCUGAUGGAUAAGAGAGGAAAAGAUACUUCAUCUGUUGAUGUGCAGAAAGUCUUGUUGGACAUGAGAGAGUAUCGCAUGGGACUGAUUCAAACCCCAAACCAGCUUCGCUUCUCUUACAUGGCCAUAAUGGAGGGAGCAAAGUGCAUCUUCGGGGACUCCGUUUUGAAGCAAUGGCUAAAAAUGUCUAAAGAGGACAAAGAGCCACAGACUGACCUGGGUGCAGCUUUGCAGGGUACUGCAAUACAGCCAGAUGAACUGAUUGGUCUGAUUUCAAAGCUAGGGGGAGAAAAAGAUGAAUUGUUGUUGGUAAAGGAAGAGCAGCGAACAGAUGUAAAACCAGAGAGUAGUUUGCGAAAGCGCCACCGUGAGGAGCGGAUCGCCAGCACAGCGCAGAAACUCCAGCAGAUGAAGCAGAAGCUGAGUGAUGCGGAGAAGAAGAAAGAGAGUUGGCAGUACUGGAGGCCUAUUCUCUUAAAUGUUGGAGCUGGAACAGCUUUAGCACUGGGACUGUUCAUGUGCUGGGCUUUUCUCUCCCAGUGACGCAUCUAAAAUCCUACACUUUUUACAAUCAGACUUUUGGUUCUCUGUGAGGUCCUGGUCAGUGUGGUUGCUUUUGUGCAAACACAUUCUGCCUGAUGAAAUGUUUAUACCAAUCGCUUUAGUUUGUAUACCAGCCUUUAAAUUUGGCUCUUGAUCAUUUCAAUGUAUAGAAGCUCAGAUUGUUAGCACUACUACAAAAUACAUUGUCUUUAGAAAUUCCAUGUUAUACUCAAAUUAGUUUUAGUAAAUCACUAUAAUUUUAUUUCAGAAUCACUAAUCACAAGUGUAAGAUAUCCAUCAGUGUGUUAGUGUUUCUACAUGUUUCUUUUGUUCCCAUAUCUCGAGAGUUAUUAUUAAUAAAUGGAAUAUAAAAUGUGCCA